AUGGCGGACACGAUCCCUACAAAGCUCAAGGGCCUGCAGCUGGCCUCAUUUGCCAAGCGCGCAGCCCAGCUUGAGCGCUUCAAGCCCAUUGUCACGUAUUGGCUGCGCUUCUACAUUGUCCAGCGAAUCAUCUCCAGUGGCCUGCACUCGGCCGAUCAAGAAUGCACCGCCUACACCACCGACCUCAUGGAGAAGCUCGAGCAGGCCAAGGCAGACAACCCCAACGAAGAUGCCUUGCUGGACGACACAGUUGCGAGCGCCUAUUGCGAGCAGUUUGCGCUGCAGACCCUCGUAAAAGGAGAGAAGGAAAUGGCAGAGAACAGAGCCAAUGGCGCUACAGCAGACACCCUUCUCGCCGCCUCGACCUUCCUCGAAAUCAUGUCGAUAUGGAAGACAGAAUCCGACCCAGAAAUCACAUCCAAGACCAAGUUCGCCAAGUACCACGCUCUACGCAUCGUCAAGGCCAUCAAGGCUGGUGAAGAUCCAAACCUCACCAAUCCCAUACAAGAACAGCAAGCGGUCGCGUCACCGCCUGACCUCGAUCCGAGCGACCCAGAAGUCCAGCGUAUAGAUCCAGGUGCUCCAAUGCAGCCACCCCAAAACCCAUAUCAGUCGUACGUCGAAACGGCACCAAACACAUCCGCUCAGCCCUCCCCGACCUUCUCUGCACCACCGCUAUCGCCGCCUCCUCUCAACUUUCCCUCCGCUCCCACGGGGAACUCUCAACCCUCUCAUAACGAUGUAUCUCCCAUGUCACAACCAGCUUCAUCCCGUCAAGGCUCCGUAGUCUCGGUAGGUGGCGGCUACUUUCCAAGGACAGACCCUGCACCUCCCACCUUCACAGCGGAACCGACAACAUCCGGUCUGCCCACUGCACCCUCGAUGGACAAUGACCCAAUCAUGUCUGAUUUGCCGGACGCUCCCCAGACACAGACACCAUCGGCCUCGGAUGCCGCAAGCUUCUACCAGAGCACCACCUCUCCACCACCAAUUAUGCAACAACAGCCGCCUCCUCCACAACCACAAUACCCGUCUGCACCCCCACAGAAUCCGUACGCUCAACAUUCUGUCCCACCUCCGCCACCAGCGUCACAAGGGCCGCUAAGAAAUGACGAGGACUCUAUCAUGGAGGCUACUAAGCAUGCAAAGUGGGCCAUAUCGGCCCUGAACUUUGAAGAUGCUGCGACGGCGGUCAAGGAACUACGUAUUGCCUUGAGAGCUCUAGGUGCAAACUAG